GAAAGUCGUAACUUGAUGCCUGCAUGUAUGUGUGAAAGUAUUGCAGUUUUGAAUGCUGGAGAAAUGUUCUACAGAGGCGCUUCCUGGAUGAACUGAGUCCAACGCAACAGAUGCUCACUUCUCGUGUUUAAGUCCUAAAAAUGUGUGACGGUGAAGCCUGCCUGACCCUUGGGAAAACCACGCAGAGCAACUCUGCCACUCUCUUCAGUGCCACUUGACCCCUAAGGCUGUCCUAGCGACUGGGUCCGCCUCUCCUCUUCCACGCAUCUGCAUUGGCUGUUGCGCAGGCCCGCUCCCCGAGAGGAGAACCGGCGGUUGGCUCAUGGCGGUGCCACUAAUCAGUGCUGACCUUCCCUUUUCCCGUCGCUGUCAAAGUUGAUCAUCGGGCGCUGCACUGCAAUGGAGAGAAGGGAAGAGGAGCAACAGCACCCGCCGCGAGGGAAGGAGAAGGAGGAGGAAGACGAAGGAGAAGGGGGGGAUUGAGAUUAGUUCCGUCCCGGCUGGUGGAAGCACAGAGGCGCUGCUGAUCUGCUCAGAUCUCUGAGAGCCGGGCUUGCUCGGUGUGUGCUAAGCAAAUACACUGAGCAGAAGAAAUGCUCCCGUUGCUGCGCUGCUGAGAGGACCUCUCUGGCUCCUGGACUGGUCUGGGAGAGACAGAAGCAGGCAGAGUAGGAGGCAGACAGACCCCGGAGUGAGUGGAUGCCCCCCUCGCUGCUUCUGAUCCUGCAAAGCUGGUGGGGGGGACUGAGAAGCUGUUCUCUCCCCUCCCUCAUUCCUCCUCGCCGCAGACGCCCUCCGAUCCUAAGAGCCUUCAUUGCUCUCUUUCCCGUUCAGUUCUCAACGGCCACCCACCCACCCCUCACAGCCUCUUCCCGGUCCUCACACCAUGACCAUCUCGGUUUUCACCUUAUAAAGAUGGCGGUGUGGGAUCACUGCAACCUUUAGACUCAUGACUGUCAGAAAUAUCGCCUCCAUUUGUAAUAUGGUUCUGCAAGAGCAGUUCCAUGCAGUCGCCAUCUUCCCUCCAUGUGGUGACCCAGCAUGCCCUUUGCUGGUGAUGUCACAUCCACCAUUCAUCAGCACUGGAGAAUGGAGCCUGCCUAUAGGGGCACCAAUGCCUCUGCUCUGGAAAAAGACAUUGGACCAGAGCAAUUUCCAAUCAAUGAACACUACUUUGGACUGGUCAAUUUUGGGAACACGUGCUAUUGUAACUCGGUCUUGCAGGCCCUGUACUUUUGUCGGCCAUUUCGGGAGAAUGUGUUGGCAUACAAGGCCCAGCAGAAAAAGAAAGAAAACCUCCUGACUUGCCUGGCAGACCUUUUCCAUAGUAUUGCUACACAAAAGAAGAAAGUUGGGGUGAUUCCACCCAAGAAAUUCAUCUCCAGGUUACGAAAGGAGAAUGAUUUGUUCGACAACUACAUGCAGCAGGAUGCCCAUGAAUUUUUAAACUACUUGUUGAACACUGUAGCUGACAUUCUACAGGAGGAGAAGAAGCAAGAAAAGCAAAAUGGCAAACUAAAAAAUGGCAAUAUGAAUGAAGCAGAGGAGAACAAUAAACAAGAACUCACUUGGGUGCACGAGAUUUUUCAGGGAACACUGACAAAUGAAACAAGAUGUUUGAACUGUGAAACGGUUAGUAGCAAAGAUGAAGAUUUUCUGGAUCUCUCUGUUGAUGUAGAACAGAAUACAUCUAUUACUCAUUGCUUAAGAGACUUCAGCAACACAGAAACACUAUGUAGUGAACAGAAGUACUACUGUGAGACUUGCUGCAGCAAACAGGAGGCACAAAAACGGAUGAGAGUAAAAAAGCUGCCCAUGAUUCUUGCAUUACACUUGAAGAGGUUUAAGUACAUGGAGCAGUUACAUCGGUACACCAAACUGUCUUACCGUGUGGUAUUUCCUCUGGAGCUCCGUCUCUUUAACACAUCUGGGGAUGCUAUCAACUUGGAUCGCAUGUAUGACUUGGUAGCUGUAGUUGUUCACUGUGGCAGUGGACCUAAUCGGGGACAUUAUAUCACCAUUGUGAAAAGUCAUGGAUUUUGGCUUUUGUUCGAUGAUGAUAUUGUCGAGAAAAUUGAUGCACAAGCUAUUGAAGAAUUCUAUGGUCUGACUUCAGAUAUAUCAAAAAAUUCAGAAUCUGGAUAUAUUUUAUUUUAUCAGUCUAGAGAAUGACUGUGAAGACUGUGACUUUUUCACUCAAGAGGAGAAACUGACCAACACUGUUAAAUGACUUUUCUGUAGACCCAUCCAAUAUGGUCUAGCAGAGAUAAGCCUGUGUCUAAAUCGUUGAGAGAAAAUCUCCAUCUUUGACUGGAAGAUCUCCCCCCCGCCCGCCGCCUCCUCCUCUCAUUAGACAGACUGUUAUUAACUGCAACAAGAAUACAUUUGAAUGACCUCAUGUUCGUUUGCUGAAUGCUGAGGUAUAAUGUUACACAGCUGUGUGCAUCAUCAUUAAGGACCAUUUGUUCACUUUUAAAAGAACCAUUCCUUCAGAACAGAGGAUUUCCAAUGAUGAUCCAUGGAACCCUGUGAUUCCUUAGAACUUAGUAGGGGCUCCUCAAUGAGAAGAUCAGGAGUAAUAGUGGACAACCAUCCUUUAGAGAGAGCUUACCCACAACUACUAAUCUUCCCCUGUAAUGUACAGCCACAAGAGAGUAUUGGAUGUGUUCUGCGGUACACUCCUAAUACACAGGGGGCUACAGCAAGCCCCAGCACUCCAUAUGAAAUCAGCAUGCACUCUAGAACCUGUCACAGAAUCUUCUGCUGUUGCAGGAGUGCUGUGACAAAUCAUAAGGGUUUCUAGGCAGACCAGUUGAUCUGCAAAGGGUUCCUUGAAGGCAGACAGUUUGAAAGCCAUGACUGUUAAUGCAUACUGAAAUGUAACUCAUAUUUGUGGUAAGUGGAAAGAAAAAAUAUAUUUCAUAACUUCUGGAACUGGGAUUGAAUUGUGGAUUAUGUCACAUGGUAUUCUUCAGACAAAAAGCUAUUCUCUCCUGAUCCUUUUAAGCUUUGGGUUAUUAAAAACAACAAAUCGGCAACCUCAAGUCACAAAUGCACUCAAGGAGAUUUCAGUCCCAUUGGAACCAAAUAGUACAAUAUGUCGUCUUCCUGUUUAUCGUGGGACAGCACACAUGAGCCAAACUGGUCCUUCCAGUUCCCACACUAUAAAAUGCUUUAGGGGAUUUGCACUGAAGAGAAGAGGAGGUUGUUCCUCCACAUUACUGUAUAAUGAGUGAUCGUAUCUUUUUAACCCAAAGAAAUACCACAACCCUUUGUUCCUGCUUCCCUGGGUUUGCACAUGUCCCAGUAUCAUGCAUGCAAGCAACUAUUUGUGCAUCAGUUGUGCAAUCCAGUUAAGCAAUAGUGGCCAUGAUCCUAAGCUCCACAGCACUCCAGCACACACUAGAGCUCCAUGUGAGGGAUCUCUGAGCUUCUUGGUGUCACAGAAAGCAUCAAGUGCAAAACUGAGAUUCUGCAUGGACAUCAGAGCUGCUGGCUGACAUGCUGUGCGGCAUAUCACAAGCAGCUCUGCACCACCUGCUCUGCUGCUGGUGUCUGAAACAACACAAAAACACUGCUGUGCAACAGCAUUCUAAUUGUAAUUGUAAACCGCCAUUUUGGAAGGGCGGUAUAAAAAUCAAAUAAAUAAAAUUAUUGCGCUAAUAUGCAAAAUUGUACAAUCAUUAUUAUGUGAUAUAGCCAUUGGUGCUCGAAUAGUUUUUGACACCUGCAACAGCGCAGGUGGUGCAGAACCACAUAUGCUGUUUAGAAUGUCAGCCACUGGAUCUAAAUGAAUAUCUGCCAUGGUGUUCGAUCCUGCAGAGGACCAGACUUGACAGGUCGCACUGACUGUGUUGAGAGUUAAAUGGAAUGGCAUCAUCCAGGCUAAGGCAACGUUUCAUAUUGUUCUAUAAUAUUUUUACACACGCACAUACAGAGUUCCUGGGUUCCAUCCUUUGGUCACAAUGUAGCAUGACCAAGAAAUCAACCCAGAAAUUAAUGGGGGCCUCCUAGGCCAAGCUGAGGAGGUUCCCAUUAAUUUCUAUGGGACUAAUUAAAUGAGCUGUAAUUGGCAAGUUAGUUGGGGAAGGUGCAAAGCUUGCUGCUUCCAUGAAACAGUUCCCUAAGGAGAAGGCUUGCCACUCUCCUGUUGGAUCCCUUUACUUUCUGCUAUAAAAAUGAAUGGUUGCUAUUGACAUCCUUGGGGUGGGGGGAGCAGGCUUGAUUUGCAAUGGCUCCCAUUAAGCUUUAUGGGUGGGACAACAUGAAUUGACUUCCUCCCAAGACUGUUGGGAAGGCCAUAAAACCCUGCUCCCCCCACACCAAAAAUUGAAGUGAGUGACUGUGUAAUAUAAUUAAGAGAAUUUAGUCCUGCAGGGAUAAACUAUGAGCAGCAUCAACACUUAUGCAUAUUGACUAUCAUGAAUGUGUGUAUUAAGGCAAUCUGAAUGUCCUGAGGCGUUUCCCUGUUACUUACGAUAACUGCACUCUUGCUAAUAAGCGGCUGUCUACAUAAUAUUGCAUAAGUCACGUUGAAAUGUAUAUAAGAGAAGGGGACUGGUGUGCUCAGUUAUUGACUUUAUCGUUGCAGAGUUUAAACUGUCUUGACACUUAACAUUUGUAUGCCGUGGUGCUUGGGCUUCUAACAUCAGAUUUUGAUCCAAGUAAAAUAAAAAGUGAUGGGCAGGAUCCAGUAGGAUGCUCUCCUGUGCAAUCCCAUUGAAAUAAAGAGGAGCUGCGCAAGAGCUCUACUUCCUGCUGGAUCGUGUCCCAAAUCUCUGUGGAUCGGAGUGCAACGUCAAGUGAGGAAAUUCCAGAAGGGAUCAUAAUCUCACAGCAUUUGUUUCUAUUUUUUAAAAAAAAUUAUGCAUGUAUUUAUUAGAAAAUGGUCCCUUUUAGUACUCUUUGACGAGAGAUCUAAUUACUAGUUUGCUGCUAAGCUGCUUAUUUCAUCAGAUGUAUUUUUAAAGCACUGUUGAAUCUUGCAUCUUGUUUCCCUUCAGAGCGUGAAAAAUCUUCCUCAUGCGCAUGUAAUGAUCCUUUUUUUUUACAUGAUAGUGCUCUUACAGCAUUAGCUGUUGCUAGAACACCGUUCACUGUUCAUUUGAAACAAUAUGAGGCUGUUGUGUAACCUAAGGUGUGUGGCACUUUACUUGGGCGAGGAACAAAACCAGAUAUUGUUUAAUCUUCAAAGUUCCAUCAGUUAUCACUGUGGUGUUCUAGUGGGGUAGAAAAGAGACCUUUGCUAACAGAAAUACUAUAUUUGUUCAGCAGGGCUCUGGCUAUUCUGUAUAGACAAAUAUACACCUAUGCAUACACGGCAUACAAGAGCUGUGUAUAUUCCUUACAACUCAAAGUCCUGUAUAUGAUUUUUCUUUUAAACACAAGUUUCAGAACUUAUAGCCAUGGCCAUAUGGACUAAAUACAUGUUUUUGUUUUUAAAAGUCAAACCUGAGACGGAUGCUGCCUUCUCCAUAAGAUACCAAAUCACAGACUUGCCCACUAUUAUCAGAGAUGCACAGAAUACACACAGUCCUGAGUAUAACAUAUGAAAAGCCUUUCUGGAUCAGACCACAAGUCAUUUGGGCCAGUCUUUUGUUUCCAGCAGUGGCUGGGGGCCAAAUGCCUCUGGGAGCCUCACAAAGUGGGCUUGAAGGCAACAGUCCUUCCCUGGUAUUUGGCCCUAGCAAUCUACUAUUCAGAGAUUUACUGGCUCUGAACACAGAGGCUUUAUCAUGCUGAAUAGCUAUUGAUAGUCCUAUGCUCCAUGAAAUUGUUGGUUUUUAAAAUAUCUCUUUCGUGUGACUGUAUCUAGUUAGUGUAAUGCUUUCCCCCCUGAAUUCAAGAGAUGCAUCCGCUACAAAGAGAAAAGUCACUGACUCAAUAGCAUCAUCAGUGGUAUUAAAUAUCUGUUGACACAAACACAAAAGGUAUCUAUUGAACAGAAUGUGAUCAUGAAAACACUAGUAUUUUAUUAUCACAGACGUACUGUACCAGAAGUGAGUGCUGUGCUAGGGCAACUGAAUAGCUUUCACAGAGGUAACUAUAGACAUGGUCUGGGAAUGCAUCACACAGAUAUGCUGUGCACUCACCUCUGUGCUUAGUGCAAGAAUGCCAUGAGUUAUUUCCCACAAGCGCAAUAAUCAAAGUUCCCUAUAUGCAGAAUGGUUGGUGGUUAUCUGAGCAGACUAAUGCUAUAGAUUUACAAUGAACACAUACAUUAAUCUACAGUUUCCUUAUGAGGCCAGUUUCCUAAGCACAGCAAUGAAAUUUGAGUUUAUAUUUAAAAAGUCAGGUACAUGGGUUGUAUGAAUCUCCCAUUAAUUUCAAAGGGUCUUGCACAGGAGACUGUCUCAAAAGCUCCUUAACUUGAAGGACUGUUUCAAGAAUACAGAUGCCUCCUUUGAUUAUUCAUUACUCGAUGACUGGCAGCUGAAAGUGUGAAUGUGCUGAAAAGCAUUGUACUUGAUGUGAUGUUUGAUCUGUGAUGGCUCUUCCACACAUGCAAAUCAUCACAUGAAGGUGUCCUCAUCAGUGAUCAGCAAGACUGUGUGAACCAUCCCACAGGGAGGAUAUCAGUGAUGCACUUCUCAGAGGACAUAAACAUGAAAAUUUUUCCUUUGAGACUGGAAAAACACUAGCUUGCCCAGCCAAGCACUGAAAAGAAUAGGACGAGGUCUUUCCAUUAAAGCCCACUCAAAUCAACAGACACUGUACAAUUGAUUCCCAUGAGGUUGGGAGGUGAUCCUUUGUGAAUAAAGUCCUUUCUUUACUUCGCUACCUUGCACAGCAUUUUUCUGAGAUGUGGCCAUCACUUUUUUGGCAGGCUAGGCUAUUCUGGUUGUGGUAAAUAAAUGCACUUUCUAGUUCAGUGUUAAUCAAUGUAAUACAGAUGUUUUGUACAUUGCAAAGUUUGCUGCCAAACAUUUUUAGGAUAUAUGUUAAACCUUUUUUUUUUUUUUUAAAUAAAAUGGCUAGUAUUGAUGUAUAACUUGAAUGUUUGGAGCUGAUGUUUGUAUGAACAGAAUUUUUGCAUUACUGGUGAAUUUAAAAAAAAACACCCAACCAACUAGGGGUUAGGGCAUAUUUGGGUUUUACUUUAACUAUAAUAUUCUUUUUGUGGUAGGUAAUGAAGUCAAGAGAUUGAAUUCAUAUUUAAAUAUUAAAACAUACAAUUCAACAUG